CAGUAGGUGGCAGUGUGGCAGAAACUGCGCGCGGACUGAUCUCCCUCGUUGAUGCCUACGCCUCCGUGACGUCACCAUACUGACCAAUCAGGUAUAGCUCGGUGUCUCUUUCAGGAAGUCAACGCAGAAACAACAGAGCAAGGAAGGAGCAAAGAAAAACAUCUGUGAAAGUGCAGCCACACGACAUAAGUCAAAGAAAAUAAUGUCCUUAACUGUUUUGACGUCUGCUUACAGACUGAGGUCCCUUUGCAGACUGCAGCGAAUCCAUGGCCACAUGAUGUCGAGUCGUGUGGAACCAGAGGUUCUUUUGGAGAGAGUGGGGUGCGCAGGUGUGAUCACUAUAAACAGACCCAAAGUCCUAAAUGCCCUCAACCUGACCAUGAUCCAACAGAUCUACCCUCAGCUCAAGGAAUGGGAAAAUGACAAUGAGACUGACAUUGUGAUCAUCAGAGGAUCAGGUGGGAAAGCCUUUUGUGCUGGUGGAGACAUCAGAGCGGUCACAGAAGCAGGGAAAGUUGGAGACCCUCUUGCAGAGGAUUUUUUCCGUGAGGAAUAUAUUCUCAACAAUGCUAUUGGAUCAUGCAGGAAACCAUAUAUUGCCCUAAUUGAAGGAAUAACAAUGGGAGGGGGCGUAGGUCUGUCAGUUCAUGGACGGUUCCGGGUGGCCACUGAGAAGACGCUGUUUGCCAUGCCAGAGACUGCCAUUGGGCUUUUCCCUGACGUGGGAGGUGGCUAUUUUCUGCCGAGGCUCCGGGGGAAGCUGGGACUGUUUCUGGCCUUGACGGGCUUCCGUCUCAAGGGCCGUGAUGUGCAGAGAGCUGGAGUUGCCACUCACUUUGUAGAGUCUAAGAAGAUCCCAGAUUUGGAGAAGGAGCUGGUGGACUUGAAGUCUCCCUCUGCUGAAGACGUCUCCAAAGUGCUAGACUCCUACCAGAACCAGAGUAGUCUGGAUUCUGAGAAGCCUUUUGUGUUGGACAAGCACAUGUCGGAUAUUGACAGGCUGUUCAGCUCCAGCAGUGUGGAGGGCAUCGUGCAGAACCUGAAGGCAGAUGGCUCAGAGUUUGCUAACAAACAAGCUGAGACACUGUCCAAGAUGUCUCCCACAUCCCUGAAAAUCACCUAUAGGCAGCUGCAGGCGGGUGCAACUCUGAGCCUGCAGGAUGUGUUGGUGAUGGAGUAUCGACUGAGCCAGGCUUGCAUGAGGGGCUGCGACUUUUAUGAGGGUGUACGAGCCGUAUUGGUUGACAAAGACCAGAAUCCCAAGUGGAACCCGUCAACACUGGAGGAGGUGUCAGAGCAAGCUGUGGAGCAGUGCUUCUCCUCACUGGGAGAGAAAGACCUGACUUUAUGAAGCUUCACACCUUCAAACACGCACACACACACCAUUAAGCCUUCUCUGAGCCUCCUGUCCCCACAUCCCUUCAUGGUCAGUCAUGUGAGAGGAGUGUACUGCUGAGGAUGAGAGAAAGUUUGAUAUUUUACAACAAGUACAUCCAUAGGUUAUAUACCUAAUAGUUUGACUCAGUACUAUUUAAUACUGCAGUGACAUUUUACAGGAAGAUCCAGGCUGCUCCUCUGCAGCUGAGGAAAAGAAGGUCUGAUUCAUCACAGCUAGAAAUCAAAAAUAGUAGCAGAAGAGGCAGCUUACAGAUGCCCUGUGUGUCACACAUGAAAAAUGUUUAGUGUAAACUUGCUCUGCAGUGGAAGUGGAGUGGAGUGUUUUUCUUUUACUUAAGUUGAAUAACUCUGCUGCUGCAAUUGCAAGGAAUCUGCCGCACAGCAGCAUUAACACGAGGACAUGGGAGGAGAAAUGAUCUCACCGCUGAGUGCUUUAUUACAUUUCCUGUGGGUGUUUGUUGAUGUGACAUGGAUCAAUAUCAUCUGUAUUUCUGCAGUUUGGUCACUUGUUCUCAUUCAGAUGAUAUAUUGUCUCUGUUUCUGUAGUUUUUGUCUGUUUCCUGUAUUUUUCUUUUUUUUAGAUGGAUAAAGAAAGAAAGAAUUCUCUGACACAUCCAAACAACACUCCCAAAACAAAUGGCAGAUUUAGACAUUUAUCAUUAUUGGUUCUGAAUGCAUUUACAUGAUUGUUACAUUGCAUUUCUGUGUGUGAUAUAGUGAGUUUUUAUAGUUUACCUCAUAGUAUCAAAUCGCCUCCCUAAACAAGUUCUCAAUAUCUGCAUUAUUUUUGAGACACCAGUAAGGCAUUGAUUCUGGAACAAAGCGCAAUAAAGAGUUGGUAAUGAAAUCUAAAA